AUGAGCGUCGAGUUAGUCCCGAAUACCGGCAUGUCUUCCUCGGCCAUCCGGCAGCUGGACCGCGACAACAUGGAGAGCAGCGACGAGCAAACCAUCAGCGGAAACAACAACACCCAGACCUUUGAAAAGAACGUCUCCGACUCUGAGACUCCAAAAAUGGGCCCGCCCCUCAUCAGAGAUGCUCCUCCCGCCGCACCAUCACCUCCCCCAGACGGCGGCCUGGCUGCGUGGCUCCACGUCGCCGGCGGCUUCAUGAUCUUCUUCAACACCUGGGGGAUCAUGAACACCUUCGGCGUCUUCCAGACCUACUACGAGUCCGGCGCCUUCAUCCACGCCUCGUCCUCGGCCAUCUCCUGGAUCGGCUCCGUACAGGCCUUCAUCGUCAUGGCCACGGGCAUCGUCUCCGGCCCCGUGCACGACAGGGGCUACUUCCGCGCCCUCCUCUUCACGGGCAGCUUCGCCAUCGUCUUCGGGCACAUGAUGCUCAGCAUCAGCAGCGAGUACUGGCAGGUCAUCCUCUCCCAGGGCGUCUGCGUCGGCCUCGGCGCCGGCUGCCUCUUCACCCCGACCGUCUCCCUCCUCCCGACCUACUUUAGCAGGAAGCUCGGCCUGGCCAUGGGUUUAGCCCUCGUGGGCUCCUCCCUCGGGGGGAUAAUAUAUCCCAUCGUCAUGUACAGGCUGCUCGACACCCUCGGCUUCAGCUGGAGCGUCCGCGUCGUCGCCUUUAUCGCACUGGGUACCCUCCUCCUCCCCUGCGCCGUCAUGCGCAUCCGCGUGAAGACCGCGCGCCCGCGCGCCCUCAUCGACCUGACGGCGCUCAAAGACACAAAGUACAUCCUCUUCACGCUGUCGUGCCUCCUCGCCUUCAUGGGCUUCAGCGUCAUCCAGUUCUACCUUUCCUUCUUCGCCGAGUCGCGCGGGCUGACGGGGAGGGACAUGUCCUUCUACCUCGUGGCCGUGUUCAACGCCGGCUCGUGCCUGGGGCGCGUGCUGCCCUCGGCGCUGUCGGACUGGUUGGGCCCGUUCAACACCAUCGCCCCGGGGACGGCGGUCUUCGGGGUGGUCAUGUUCUGCAUGCUGGCUGUGAGGAAUGAGGCGGGCGUUGUGGUUCUGGCUGUCCUGGGGGGGUUCUUCAGCGGUGUGCUGAUUGCGCUGCCGCCCGUCUGCUAUGCUAGGUUGACGGAGGACAAGGCGGUGAUUGGGACGCGGAUCGGGAUGGGGUUCAGUGUCAUUGCGUUUGGGAUGCUUGCUGGUGGUCCCGGGGCUGGGUCGAUCCUGGGGGGUCCGGACGACCAGCAUUGGACGAGCGUUUGGGUGUUUGGGGGUGCUGUGGCGGUCGCUGCCGGGUUCUUCUUCUCGGUGUUGGCUAUUUGGCAGUACCGGGCGGGAAAGAAGACGAACUCAGUUGCUUGA